AACAUCUUGUAUCAACCUCCGACAACAAACAACCACAAGCUGGAUCGACGGUGACAACCCCCAACGAUUGAUGGAUUUCGCAAAGUGAGCACCGCAGAAAUUCUAUUGGGGUUUAAUGGGAGUUUCUGUCUUGGAGAAAACAAUUACGAUGUGAAUUAUGUACUGUAUGACUUCUAUUCUCGUUCCCAAGAGGUAUCUACAGUCUAAAGGGAGGGCACCGCCACCGCGGGAGGUGCAUUCCAGUGUGGCUUGUUCAGACAAUGCGGGGUUACUUCUGAUUCCUGAAGUCUGGGGGCGAAGACAAGGGUCGGCUACUUGCGAGCGUUUGAGCAAUGGCUAAAGUAACUAGUCGCAAGGCUAUUUCUGAUUCCAGGCCGGUGUGCGCCAACUGAGUGCAAGCGCAGACCCUCAGGAUAACCUAAGCAACACGCUCUGAGAAAGAUACGAACAUUCAGCUGACAAUCUUGUGUUAUUUGACUGCCAAGGGACUUUGAUAUUGCAGGGGAGUCCAGUUAACUAUCUCCAUAGGUCGGCUCCGGAUAGGCGUGUUUUAACUCCAUUUUCACAAAGCUUCUCAUAUCACUAGAGGAAUAAUCGACCGGACGGGAAUGGAGGGGGAAUAUCUGCCGUCCCUCCUUGGAUUUCCAAACCCCAAACCCUCUUCGGCCACUCUGAACGCUAGUAGGGCGUCCUCUUUGCAUGACCUGCCUCCAUUCCUGCAGCUACCCAGCCAAUCGUGGCAGAGUUGCUAUUUGUUCACACUUCUUGUCUCUUUUCUCGUUCGGCGUCAGAUUCAGCAGCGGGGCGCUGGGCUUGGCGCACGCCGACAAAAUUCUGCGCCCCGCAAGGCAGCCGCCGUUUAUCUUCGACGAGUUUAGGUAGUCUUGUUCAGGCAGACUUGAUCAGAAAUGCUGAAACCCCUGCUCGGAUUGAUAUGACCCCUACCGACAGUGAAUGGCUUUGUUUGAGGUCAAAGAGAGUUCUCCUGACAGUACAAAAACGAGUGAAGCCCGCAACAUUCCCACUUCCAAUCUUACUUCAGUUUCAAUUUUGACCUUUAAGAACCCUCUUUCGGACGUACAGCAUAGUAGCGCAUCACUUCUUGACUUCACGGAAUUCGUUCGAUCGUUUAGGAGUAUAUUUAUAUCGUCGCCCUCCUACAUACCCGGAUUUAAAGAUCAUCGAUGCCAGAAUCCUACAGAAUUUGAUCAUUACAGUGCUCGAUCUAAGCACGCCAUAAGUACCUCAAAGACGUUUCUAAUCUGUUACGCAGAAUCUAUGAGUGCCAUCACUGCUGUGGGAGCCAAGUAUAUUUCUCUUCUGGUAUAUUUAUGAUCACGGCCACCAGUUCCACCGCAGCAUAUACUACCACGCUCUUUUCCCCAAGACCAAACGGGGUAUUCUCACACCAAGCCUGCUAGCACUAACCAGCCGUUAAGAGUUACAGAUCCAAGCCUGGCGUCAAUAUAUCCAAUGUACACAGACGAGAAACUCGUUAGCAUGACUUACCUUUUUAAUAAUCACAAUCUGGGCCCAGAUUCUUCCGGCAGAACGCAAGAAGCUCUCAUCGGGGCCUCUAUCCCCAACGCUCGUGAAGAUUUACCUGCCAUCCCCAGGAUAUUAGAAGGAUGGAUUCUACGCCGGGCAGACUCCUCAAAGGUAUCACCAUGGAAAAACGUUACUCGAGAACGUAUGCCUCUUACCCAAGACGAGUUGGAAAAGCGGACAGCGGACCUGAGAAACGAGAACGUACAGGAAAAGUACGAAGCUCUAGGGAGUGGAAAGCAGAACCAAAUUAAAAAUUUGAUGAUUGAUCGGCAGAACUGCGAUGGAGAUAGACGAUUUUCUUGGAAUUGUGUUUACAUCUACCUUGAUAAAAAAGCUGUCAAUGUUCGCGCCUUCGUCAUAGAGUACGUUACCGUAUCCCUCACUGUGAUUCUUCUGAGACAAGUACGCCAGGGCAUCGUGUUACCUUCCCCUGGCGAUCCUCGUCCCCCGGUUGCAGCGAAUAAAAAGAAAAAAGAAAUAAAAUCCCCACUGCCAGGCUCGCAUGGUCAGCCAUUACCCGAGACUACAGUUGAACAACCACUUCACCAACGUCCUGGUGGAGUGGUUGCUGGUGGACAGCAGCAGAAUGCGGCUAUUAAUCACACCAACCUACCAAUGGGCAUGGAGACUCCCCUUGUUGGAAACCAACAGGAUCAAUUCGCCCAAAGUGCCCAAUAUGCUCACCCCGCCCAACUCGCUCAACCUAUUCAUCCUGGUCAUCCUGCUCAUUCUCCUCCCUAUUAUGCUCAUCCGACUCAACCUGCUCAACCUGCUCAACCUGCUCAACCUGCUCAACCUGCUCAACCUGCUCAACCUGCUCAACCUGCUCAACCUGCUCAACCUGCUCAACCUGCUCAACCUGCUCAACUUGCUCAACCUGCUCAUCCUGCUCAUUCUACUCAUCCUCCUCAUCCCACUCAUCCCACUCAUCCCACUCAACAUACUCAUCCUACUCAACAUAUUCAGCAUGCUCAAGCUCACCAUCAUACUCAACCCGGUCAAUACACCCACUAUGUCCAGCGUUCUAGGCACGGCCAACAAGCGCCCCCCAUUGAUAUCCAACUUACCUAAAAUCUUAAAUACGGGCAAGGCUCCGCGACGUAAAGCCUCGGGACAUGGAGAUUUUCGAGACGGGGACAGCAGCAUUGAUGAAAAUGAGUCCGUACUUUUUGAUGAGUUCGAAGAUGCGAGCUCAGCAACUACCGAUGAUGCAUUAUUCGCCGAUAAGCACAAUAACCACGAUAAGUACAUGCCUCUAAGGGAAGCCGAUGGACGACUGCACCGCUGUUACUCCAGAGGCCGCGCCCCCGAAAUCUUCUAUCGGUCUCAGCGCCGCCCUGAGAGCAGGCACUUACGGUUUAGCGAGCAUCUUCUAACCGAACCGCGUAAUUGGGACGGAGAGGUGGAUAUCUACCCAGAAAAUAGCACGGACAAACGAAGGAAUCGUCGUUCAGCAAUAGUGUCAUAUCCGGUGGUUCCACCCCUAACACAGCUCACAAACCAGCGAGGUCAUCCCGGGGCUCCUCUUUCUCCGCGUCAAACACAGACACUUUCUUCUCCAGUGAGGUACAACAAUGCCAAUGUCCAGGACGACAUUAGGAGUGAUAGCGACUGGGAACGCACGCAACGCGAACGCGAACGGUCCUUGGGUGACUACGUACACGAUAGGCGUCAAAAGGACAGCCAACGUCGACGCUGGGGUCAGGGAGUUCAAGUGCACGCAACCCCAACCCUACCCACACCCCCAGCCAAGGGCGGUGCCGAUUAUUACCCCCCUGGACCGCCGCGAGAGGAUUGUUUCGACAACUAUGCACAGAUGGCGGAACCUAAACAAAUGAGAGAAGUUCGUAUGCCAUACCAUCAACAACAAGACACCUACGAGGUUAAUGAUGCGUUGAACGAUUGGGUCCCUUUUCGUCACGAGAGAAUGAAUCAAGCUCCAAUGGGUUUUGGCCAAAUGAACGGUGAGCGGAUGGUCACCCAUUAUCAACCUCACAUGGAACCACCCCGACCAGAUGAUUAUCCGACGUAUGGCCGCUGA